UCAGCUGUCACAUAGUGAUCCAUGCUAGAUCCAUUCUGUUUUUCAAGUGUUCCAAUCAAAUAAUAUGGCUCCGGAUAAUUCAUUUUGGCAUGCAGCUUUGCUUUACAUUAAUCGUCCUAAUCUACUAAACAAACGGUUAAUUGGUGCUAAAUUGGAACGAUUUUGGCAAUUUCCAAAUGAAAACUAUGAUAUUGAACAAUUUCUGUCAACACCGAAUUUCAAAACGAGUAUUAAACACCUUGAUUCUAUUUUUAUUAUUUGUGAUAAGAAUAAUAAAAAUCUUUUGAAUUUUUGUGAUCCAACAAAUGAAUUGCAACAUCAACGACCAAUAUUAAUACUACGAAAAUUAUUCCGUAAACAAUCACUGAAAUCAUUGCUCAAGUGUUCAACAUCAUCUGAUCAAUCUAAUAAUAUCGAAUAUGAUUUUGUAUGUCUAUGGCCAUUAUUAAAUAAAUUCAUCAUCGUACCAUUAGAUGUUGAACCCGGAUUCAAUGUUAAUAUUAGACAAGAUGAAAAUUCUAGUCAUGUUCAAAUUAAUAUUCGAAAUGGUAACGAUGACAUUGCUUUUGCAUUGAAAUUGAUUGAUGAUGUCGAUAAAGCACAAAACUGUGAUAAGCAAAACUUUCAUCUUGAACUUUCUUUUCCAUCAUUGGUACCAAAUGAAGAAAAUGGAAAAGAAUCACAAUUAUGGUUGAAAAUGUUUUCACGAAUAAAUUCGAACGAUGGAUUCGACAGCAACGUCAGAAUUGAAAUAACAAACAAAAACAACAGCAAACAUAAAGUCAAACGGAAAGAACAAGAAAAAAGUAAAAAUAAUGACAAAUACAACAAUCGUGAUAAUAAAAACUUGGAAGGAUCAAUUAGAAAUAUUUCUGUAGAAAACUAUUGCGAAAAUUAUAAUCGCCUUAAGCAAAAAUAUGUUCAACCAUUGAUGCGUAUAUGGACUACCAUUGAAAAUACCGAUCCGAUCAAAUUCAUUUAUGAAGAUAUUGCCAUUGCAGCUUAUUUGAUUACAUUGUGGCAAGAAGAAAUGGAAAAGUUUGAUACCAAGUUUCAACAACGGAAACAAACAUUUGCCGAUAUCGGCUGCGGUAAUGGACUUUUAGUCUAUAUACUUACUCAGGAAGGAUAUGACGGAUAUGGUGUCGAUUUACGACGACGUAAUAUUUGGUAUCUAUACAACAAUGAUGAUGAUGAUGAUAAAGAGAGAAAAAAAGUUCGAUUAAUCGAAAUGAAGAUUGACCUUUUUGAAUAUGAAACUACGGAUGAUUUUGGCCUGCCACAUUGUGAUUGGAUGAUCGGUAAUCAUUCGGAUGAAUUGACACCAUGGAUUCUAUAUAUGGCUUCCAUGCAAAAUACACAAACAAGAGUAUUUCUAUUGCCUUGUUGUUGUUAUAAUUUGGAUGGUUUCAGAUUUCAACGUACAACAGAACCAUCAACAAAAAGUCAAUACCAAUGUUAUAUUGAUUUUCUUGAAAGUCUUUGUUAUCAAUUUGGAUUUGCUCAAUGUCAACGUGAUAAGCUACGUAUACCGUCUACAAAACGUAUUUGUUUAAUCUGUACUGGCCGAACAUAUUUGAUGUCAUUGGUUUCGGACAACAACAUUAUUAAUGAUAGUAGUGGUGAACAAAAAAACAUUGGCAAACAAAACGAUGAAUCGAUCGAAUCAGAAUGGCAACAAAAACGUCGUCAAAUAGUUAGACAAUCAUUACAGAAACAGAAUGACUAUCAUCAACGAAAACGUUUACGUGAGACCAAAGAACCCGUACGUAAUUGUACUCAUAUCGAUCAGAAUAUCAAACAAGAAAUCAUUAGUAGAUUGUCUAACGCUUUGAUAUCUCAAACGGACAACGACAACGACCCUUAUGAUGGAUCGUCGUUGAGUUUUCAGGAGGCGAUUGCUUUGCUCGAUUGCAACAAUCAUAAUGAUGAUGAUGAUGAUGAUGAUAGAGAUAAAGAUCGGAUACGUAAACAUUUGAAAAAUCAAUGCGGUGGCCUACAAACAUUUAUUCGUAAUCAUAAAUUUAUAUUUACUAUUCGUGAUGGACGAAUUCGAUUUCAAUCGAUUGAUUAUCUACGUAUUUGGAACCAAAAUAAAGAUAAUGAUCCAAAUGGUGAACAAAUGAAACCAACAAAAAAAGAUUGUUGGUUUUAUCGAAAUCAUCCACGUGGCUGUCCAUUGUUGGCCAAUGAAUGUCGAUUUAGGCAUCCGAUUUAACGAUAACGAUUUUCGACGAUCAUCACACACACACAAUAAAAUGGUCAACCUGUGGACCUUUACAAAUAUAUUUUUGUAUUAAAAUUGAAAAUUUUUUUAUUAUCAUCAUUGUAUUCUUGUUUUUUUGUUAUUGUCAUUGUAUACUGAUUUAAUGUAUUUUGACUAUAAAUAUCAUUUAUCAUCAUUUUUUAUAAUACAAAAAAAACGAAAGAAAAAAAAAUAUGACAAGAGAUUCGAAGAGAUUUUAUAUGUCUGUUAUAUCCGAUUUAUGGUGUUCAAAAAUGACGUAAUAAUGAUUAUAUAUAUAUACAAAAUGAUGAUUGAAUAUAUUUGGUAUAAUUUUGUCGAUUGUAAAAAUGUUACAUCGAUAUAUAUAUGACAUUCAAAUGAUGAUGAUGAUGAUGAUGAUGAAGAAAAGAAAAAAUAAUCACACACACACACAUUCGAAAUAUACAAAAGAAAUAAGGAAAAAAAAUCCAUUGCGACCAUUCAAAGAAAGGUCGUCGAAUCGAAUGACAUACAUAUAAUGAAUGAAUUCAAAAGAUGUUGUUUUUUUUAAUGAUCAAAAAUUGAUGAAUGAAUGAAUGACUGGAUUUUUAUUAUUAUUUACAACGGAACAUCUUUUGAUAAUCAUGUCAAUAUCUAUGUAUGUGUGUGUGUGUGUGUAUGUGACAAUGACUAUGAACUUUAAAGCCAACAAACAAUACAUACACACACACACACAGUUCUGACAAUCACUAAAUAUUGAAUAUAUAACAAUAGAUCGAAGAAAGAAAAAAAUAAAAAAAAAAAAAAACAUAAGGAAACAAACAAAGCUCACAGGUAUGAACAGAGAGAGAACAAAAAAAAAAGAAUGAAAAGUAAAAUAAAAAACAAAAUUUUUUUUUUCGAAAUAAUG